AUGAGAAAUUCUCAAGCAAUGUCUAUGCGUCGAUCUAUUACGGUUUAAUCUAAAAUGAUGCAUAAAAGUGAAAGAUCUCUUUUACCUUAAGAUGAUAUCUUGAAAGAAAAAGUAAAAUCUGAUUUUGCUCUGGGACAUUUUAGAGGCUUGUUAAGCAAAAAAACACCAUAAAAAGAAUUACCAAAAAGUGAAAUCUAAUUAAAGAGAUUUGAAUAAUUUGGGAAAGCAAACUAGCAAUCUAAAAAUAAAAGAUUAACAUUUCUUAAAUAUGGAUUUAGAUCUCAUGAAAAGAAAAAUAAUUAUUAUCUUUAACCGUUUAUUAGAAAAGUUAGAGAAGCUGAAGGAGAUGUUGCAAAUGAUGGUUCUAUGGGAGUUGUUGAUUUGUGGAGUGAUAGAUGUAUAAAUAAAUUGAUGGAAGGAAUGCAUAUGACCAGAGAUAAUCUUAUCGUAAGGAAAAUGGGUAGAGAACUUAAUGAUAGUGAUUAAUAAAUGAAAUAAAAAUUAGAAGAAAGGAGAAUGAAAGAUAAGAUUCUUAUUGAAUCUAUGAGAUUAGCAUCACAAGAUACUGAUACAUUUGCUUUUAAAUUUUAAUUACCUUCCAAAAAUAAAAAAAUUGUUGAACGCAUUGCUUAACCUACUAUUGUUAGUACUCUAAGAAAUAAUAUUAGUCCUAAUGAUAAAAUCACCUAAAUUGUUGAUAAUAUUGACAAUUUACAUUAAGAUUAUUUGGAAAUUUAUACUGAUUUAUAUAGUAAAAUCAGAAAUUUAUAAAAAUUCAUCAAAUGA